AUGCGAAGUCUUAAGGAGUGUGGCGACCUGUGUGACGCCACAGUCGUGGUGGUAUUAUCCGCGCACCAACACCUCGGGAGCACCACCAUGGACCAGGCCGCCAAGACCACUCCGAGGAAAAGCAGGAGGAGGCAGCAGCAGCAGCACCAGCAGCAGCACCUGCCCCAGCACCAGAAGAGAAGAAGGAGGAGGCCCCUAAGGAGGAGGAAGCUCCCAAGCCAGCAGAAGCACCAGCACAGGAGGCUGCUGCCCCAGAGUCCUCACAGAAAGCAGCCCCUGCUGGAGAGUCAGCCCCAGCCACACAAGUCCCCCCUGUGCCAGAGGCCACCCCACCAGCAAAAUCUAGUCCCGUCCAGGAAUCCGUACCAGCUCCAGUUGUUGCCCCUGCCCCAGCACAAGCAGCCCCUGCUGCAGAACCUGUCCCAGCCCCAGCACCCACAGCAGAGUCUAAGCCAGCACCUGCUGAGCCUGCCCCAGCACCUGCAGCCGAGUCUAAGCCAGCACCUGCUGCUGAGUCUAAGCCAGCACCUGCUGCUGAGUCUAAGCCGGCACCUGCUGCUGAGUCUCAGCCGGCACCUGCUGCUGAGUCUCAGCCGGCACCUGCUGCUGAGUCUCAGCCGGCACCUGCUGCUGAGUCUCAGCCGGCACCUGCUGCUGAGUCUCAGCCGGCACCUGCUGCUGAGUCUCAGCCGGCACCUGCUGCUGAGUCUCAGCCGGCACCUGCUGCUGAGUCUCAGCCGGCACCUGCUGCUGAGUCUCAGCCGGCACCUGCUGCUGAGUCUCAGCCAGCACCUGCUGCUGAGUCUCAGCCAGCACCUGCUGCUGAGUCUCAGCCAGCACCUGCUGCUGAGCCUGCCCCAGUUCCUACUGAGUCGGCCAGCACCUGCUGAGUCCAAGCCAGCACCUGCUGCUGAGUCCAAGCCAGCACCUGCUGAGCCUGCCCCAGCACCUGCUGCUGAGUCCAAGCCAGCACCUGCUGAGCCUGCCCCAGCACCUGCUGCUGAGUCCAAGCCAGCACCUGCUGAGCCUGCCCCAGCACCUGCUGCUGAGUCCAAGCCAGCACCUGCUGAGCCUGCCCCAGCACCUGCUGCUGAGUCCAAGCCAGCACCUGCUGAGCCUGCCCCAGCACAUGCUGCUGAGUCCAAGCCAGCACCUGCUGCUGAGCCUGCCCCAGCACCUGCUGCUGAGUCCAAGCCAGCACCUGCUGAGCCUGCCCCAGCACCUGCUGCUGAGUCCAAGCCAGCACCUUCUGCUGAACCUAUCCCCACACCUGUUCCAGUUGCAGAAACGGCAGUUACAGAAGCAGUAGUGGAAUCUAUACCAACCCAACCUCAAGAACCUGUUGUGGAGUCUGUUCCAGUUAAAACUCAGGAGUCUGUAUUAGAAUCAGUCCAAGGUCCAGCUACAGGUAUUGCUGUUGAUGCAAGUACAACUGCAUCAACAGAAGCAACUGUAGUGGCAGCCUCUGCCCCAAGUCAAGAGUCUAUAAAGAAAGAAGAAACUUCAGCUGCUGAAUCUGCUGCAUCUCCCCAACAAGUCCAAGCCCCUACUUUACCUGCUGAAGCUACAACAGCUCAGGAGAAAGUUCAGGUAUCAGUUUUAAAAGAAGACUCCUCCCUCCCUAACCCUCCUCUUGAUGAGGAACUAACUGUUGUAUCAGAAGCUUUGCAGUCAAGGCAAGUAGAAUCCCUAACAGUAGAUGUAUCACAAGUGUGUGACACUAAUAGUGAAAGUGCUGCCCCUCUCUUGGAAGAGAGUGAAGCAGUAUCAAGUGGUGCCAUAGUUGUAGAUGAAGCUCCUCAGGUGUUAGAGAAUGACUCACAAGAGUUACUAACACACACUGAGGAAGCUGCAUCAUGCAUAAAAGAGAGUGAAGUGUCUGAGCCUGUGGAGGUGAGCGAGGCGGGCUGUGGAGAUCUAGUAAGGGUGAACUCAGCCGACGAAGCCAAUGACAGCUGCCACCACUCUCCUGUUCAGGAACAGAAGGAGGAGGCUCCUGCUGCUGUCCCAGAAGAGACCAAGGAGGAGGAAGCUCCUGCAGCAGCAGAGACUCCUGCUCCUCCAGCUGAGGUAAAGGAAGAGCCUGUCAAGGAGGAGGCCACCCCUGUAGCUGAGAGUGCCCCAACUGAGGAGACUCCUGUUGCUGAACCUAAGCAAGAAGAAAAGAAGACUGAGGAGGUGGAGGAAAGUGUUCCCAGUGUGGAGUCUCCCGUUGUGGAGUCUCUGGCCGAGCCUGCUCAGGAGAAUGCCUCAGUCAAGGAGGAAGCAACAACUGUACAGGAAUCUUCUCCUGCUGAGGACCAGACUAUUGCACAGGAAGUUAGUUCUGUUGUAGAGGAGGCUCCUGUUCAGGACCAGUCCUCUACACAGGAAAAAGCUGCUGUUCAGGAGUCAUCCCCAGCAGAGGAAGUUCCUGCACAGGAAAGCACUCCUGUUGUAGAGGAGGUACCUGUGAAGGAAAGUGCCCCAGUUAGUGAGGAGGCACCAGUGCAGGAGUCCACCUUGGUGGAAACUGUAGAUCAGACCACAGGGAGUGCAGCAGAGCCCAAACAACAGUCAGAAGGGGUUCAUACCAGUGAAUCCAUACCUGAACAGAGUGCAGAAAAGGAAUCCACACAGCAGGUCAAAGAAGCUGCUCCCAAGCCAGCAGUAGACUUGAAGGAGAAGAAGGCGGAGGGUGAAGCAGAGAAAGUGGAAGAGUAAAACUAAUACCUGUGCAAUGCCACAAGCCAUUCCACCGUCGAGUAUAGUUGUGCGCCAUCCCCUCCUGGAGUGUGCAGGUCUCAAGUAGGAGCAGCAACAUCCUCUGACAAUUUUGGGGUUAAAGUUAUCACUGCUGGGAUGCUCUGGAACACUUGUUAGCCAGCUAUUAUUAGUAUGUAGUAGUACUUUGUGUUCUCAUGGAAGAAUACACCAGCAAAGUUCUUAAGCAGGUUUUAAUUGUUUAUCUAGUGGGAUAUUUUGGAAACGUGUGCAAAGGAUAACGGUUGGUAGGCAGUGUUGCUGUGCCUUGAUGCUGGUCAGGCCCGUCAGAUGGCCAGUCUGGAGGACCCGUGGGCCAGGUUUCUGGGAGUGGAAGAGGUUAACCGUUUUUAGACAACCACUUAAUAAUUUUGUGUUACCCAGCGCACAACUUUUGAAAAUUAGAUAAUCUUAAGUGGAGACAAAAUGAAAUAGAGUACUUUCACUACUUGCAGCUUUACUGCAGAAGCAAGUCACAGUGUAAGAAGUUGGCCGUGAGGUGACACUGUCGUUUGAGUGCCCCACAGCUGUGCAUGUCUCCUACCUGUUAGCUUGUAAUGACUACAAAGAUGAUGAUGAUGUAGCCACAGGAGUGAAGUGAUAAACCAACUAACCCAGCCACAUUCUUCCUAUUAGACAGUAUAUAGGUUCCUCCUGGCUCUCUUGAAUGGUAGUGUACACUAUCAGACAUGGUCCUCUUCAUUGGUUUCCUGAGGGAGGAAUGUAGCUGGGAUGUGAAUGAGGAAAUUUUUUUGUAUAGUUUGUAUUAUGUAUUGUGAAUAAGGGUGAAAUUUUUUGCUAGAACAAGAUAUUAUGAUUGCAUCUAUAAUGUAAAUUCUAGAAGUCAAAAAUGGAUGUUAUUGUACCAGUAGUGCUUCUACUUUAAUGGUACUUUUGUACUUUGAUGAAUUUAGAGAAGAAUCUUGCAUACCCAAUCUCAUUAGCAUAUUUGUAUUGCUCACGUAGUAAUGUUUUCUUUUUAUUACUGCCGAUAUAUUAAGUAUAGUUUCCUUGAUUGUUCCAUGACAUGUGCUUCUGCCUGCUAGUGUAUAAGGCCCAAGCACCAUAAAAAUUGCUGUUGCGUCAUACUGCUGAGUUCAGGAACUUGGGAUGCCAUUACUUUUAUUCUUUCUUUUGUGCCUCUGGAAAAUUUUUGCAAGGAUGUAGUAGACAGUUUUAUAGUCUUUGUAUUUCAGAAUUUUCAGUAUAUAUAUAUAUAUAAACCUUAGGGGCAAUCUUUAUCUAUCAAAUGUAUUACUUUUAUCAUAUAAUGUUUAGGAAAUAAAUCUUUUUAUAUAUAAAGUUUUACAUUGGAACAAAGCACUUGUCUGGAUAGAGUAAAUUUUUACUUUAUUAGGGUUUCCACUGUCCAGUAUACAGAAGGUCACUCUGCACAAAUCUUAAGGCAUUGGCAAUAAGCAAAAUUUUACUGGUGCUUUGCUGUUUUAUGAUAUCUGAUUUGCAGUGUAAUAAAUAUAUUAAAAAGUUUACACCUGG